GAAUAUAUAUUUCUUUUGGUCGUAUGUGAUGGCGUUGUUAACUUUAGUUCAAAAUUCUCAUUUCUUUGCGAAGGAUAUGUCUUCUUAAUAUAUUAAAAUACAAAAAACUAGUUAUUCGUAUUUCUUAAUUGAUUAUGAAUGAGACUGAGAGGGUAGAUCCGCAAUUGGAAAAUUUUAUCCAUAACGAGACACAGAAACAACGGUUUCAGGUCCUUGUACACUGUUUAACUGAUACCUGCUGGGAUUCAUGUAUGGGUUGGCCAUCAAAUCGCCUUGAUUCAAAGACUGAAGUAUGCAUUACAAACUGUGUUGAGAGAUUUCUAGACGCUACUACUUUCAUAACAAGACGUCUUAUGAAUACAACGAAAUAUCGAUCAGAGUCACCAUUAGAAUUUGAAUAGUUAAUUAAAAUGUUCUCUACUAUUAAACACUUUCUUUAUCGUCAUAGAAGGAAAUUCGUAGUAACAGGUGCAGUGUUCGGUUCCUUAUAUUUAUUACUCGGCUAUGCACAAAAAAGACUGAGGGAAUGGCAAGAGAAAGAAGCAAAAAAGUUCUUUGACAUGACCCGUAAAAAACAGCAUUUUGAAAGCACAGAGAGGACAUGUAAUCAAACUAUACUUUCACUGUCUAAAAUAGUUUCAGAAAGCAUUGUUGGAAUCAUUGACACUGAAGAUGUAGUUCAGAAACUACAUAACAAACCUGAAAACAAAAAAACAUUAUGGGAGGAGCUCAAGAUAAUGAUUUUCACAAGAAUUUGUGUGCUUGUUUAUGCUCUAUCCAUACUAAAUGUCACUCUUAGAGUACAAUUAAAUGUUAUAGGGGGAUAUCUUUAUAAGGAUUCUGUGCAGGAAGAGGAACCUCUUAUAGAUAGUGAAUUACAAGCAAAAUAUCUGUCUUUAUGCCACCAUUUUGUUGGAUCUGGAGUAGAAGACUUGGUCCGACAAAUAGAAAAGGCUGUCAAGAAAGUUGUAGAAUCCAUUCCUUUGACCAAGAAAAUAACCCUCCAAGAAGUAGAACAAGUGUUUUGGUCUGUGCAAACUAUACUGUGCACGGAUACUAACGGUGAUCCUGUUAAAAAGAUGGUUCAUUACUUGGUCGACCACACAGUCAUUAAUGAAGCCAAGUUUGACACUAUUGUUAAGGAAACAAUGGAUAUUUUGGAAAGCGAUGAAGUCAUUUCAGUUGCUAUGUCAACUGUCAGUAGGAGUUUCUCGUCUGUGGUAGACGAGGUCGCUAAUAUAUUCUCCUCGAAAUGGAUCCCCACAAAGAAAAAUCAUUUGGAAGUCGUGGAGAAUCAUGUCGUAACUAAUGGAGCGCUUAAAUUGGACAGUUCAGAACCAUUUGUGGAUGUGAAUAAAAUUGAAAUGAGUUUUGUGUUGUUAUUGGCACAUAUGAAUAAACUUAUCACGGAAAAUAAUUGUAAAGGCAACAUAAACAUUCCAGAUCUAAUAACCCAGCAGCUGACAUUGAAUGAAAAGUUAAAACUGUUGGGCGCUAACAUUUACGAAGUUUUUAGCAGCCCGUAGACGUGGCAUGGAAAUAAUUCUCAAAUAACAUUUCUUUGUGAUAAUCUAAAUUAUUGCAGGCUAUGACAAUUAUCAGUUGAAGACUAUGUGGGUUGGUUACGUUUAAAUAUUUCAUUAUUUGUUUGGGUGAUUAAUAAAUAGUUAUUAAAA